GUUCCGCUUUGCCUGCUAUAUUCCGUGGGCGGUCGUUGGUGAAUGGUUCGAUUCUCAGUGGGGGCGGAGUGUGGGGGGAAGUAUUGUGGAGUUCAGCUUAGGUCUUACCCGGCUGAGGAGUUUUUAGGUCCCCACCGAGUAAUGAUGAAGUGACAGUUUAGUUGCACCGAGAGAUCAGUCUUCUUUCAGCGAUUGUACACUUAACAUGUUCGAUUGUGAGAAAGGAUGGAACAUUUCCUUUGCUGGUUGCGGAUUUUUGGGGCUGUACCACAUCGGGGUGGCCAGCUGUCUCCAGGAGCAAGCCCCUCAUCUAUUGAAGGACGCCUGCAAGAUCUAUGGGGCAUCAGCUGGUGCCCUCACGGCGGCCGCUGUAGUCAGCGGAGCUUGCUUCGCACAGUGUUGUGGUGCUGUGAUGGAACUUGCCAAAGAAGCCAGAAAGCGACAUUUGGGACCCCUUCAUCCUUCAUUUAACUUGGUCAAGAUUGUGAAAAAGGGACUAAACAAUACCCUCCCAGACAAAGCACACGAGCUGGCAUCCGGUCGACUUUGUAUAUCUUUGACUCGAGUGUCAGAUGGAGAAAAUGUGCUUGUGUCUGAUUUUAACUCUAAAGAAGAACUUAUUCAGGCAUUAAUCUGCAGUUCCUUCGUCCCCAUUUACUGUGGCCUUAUCCCACCUUCAUUCAGAGGAGUGCGGUAUGUGGAUGGUGGAAUCAGCAACAAUUUACCUCAGUAUGAGUUGAAGAACACCAUAACAAUUUCACCAUUCUCUGGAGAGAGUGAUAUCUGCCCUCGAGAUAACUCUACUACCAAUUUCCAUGAACUACGGGUCACCAACACCAGUAUCCAGUUCAGCUUGAGCAACCUUCAGCGCUUGACUCGUGCCCUUUUCCCACCUGAACCAAAGGUACUUGGAGAGAUGUGUCAACAAGGCUACAAUGAUGCACUUAGAUUCCUUAAAGAAAACAACCUUGUGAAAGAAGCGCCUCUUUCUGCCAAUCUUUUUCCUACUCAGCUGAAACAUGCCCCACCAAGUGCUUGCUACACAACAGAAGGAAGUAACCAGAUUGUUUCUAAAUAUUUAGAAAGUGAACAAAAAAGUACAAAACAACUAGACAUAUUUGAUAAAGACCAGCGGAAGAUGCCUUGGUGCCUUGAUGAAAGAAUUGUUGACAGUCUACCUCCUGGACUUAAAACAGCUGUACUGGAAGCAUGCAAAGAGAAGGGAGGUAUCUAUGUUCAACUGUCGAAGUUUUUGCCUAUGCGUGUCGCAUCUUACUUGAUGUUGCCGUAUACCCUUCCAGUGGAGUCAGCGUAUUCGACUGCCUUAAGGUUGGUUGAGUGGUUACCUGACCUUCCUGAUGAUGUUCGUUGGAUGCAGAAACAGAUGUGCACAAUUGCUGGUACUGUGUACAACCAAACAAAAAAGAAGUUCUUACAAAAACCAUCAAGUUAUGAAUAUCAAAGACCACUGAGAAAAUGCUACAGCCUUCCUGUGUCUCAGCUGGAGCCUUCGUUCCUGAGUUCACCAGAUUCACCCUGUUCUUCUACAGACCUUGCUAACUGGUACUUGGAGAGUCACAGACAGUCCACCCCUGCUCUCAAAAGUCAUAUAUACAGUUUUGAGAUGACUUUUGAUAGUUCUGAUUCCCAGCAUCCUAGCUGUACUUGUACAGAUGACUCAGGUGUAGAUUUAAACCUUGCUGGUGAUGUCCUCGUUUCACCAAGAAAGAGCUUUGUGGUAGGAGAUGAAAGCAAAGAAUGAAAUUUUGAAAAGCAUGGUAAAACAGGGAUCCUUUCAUCUACAAUGUUUCAUCAAAUACUGUUUCUUGAAGGAAAGCAGCACCCACGUUAUUCUUGUAAAGCACUAAUUGCAAAGUUAAUCUGUUAUGUCAGAAUUACUGCCCGGUUAUUGAAUGCCUUGUUCCGGUGUGAUAGAAUUAGAAAAUAGUUCAUUAAAUAAACAUAAUAUGU